AUGAUUGGUGGACACGUGACAUUACGCGAACAUAUUUCGCGGGUUAACCGUGCGCCCGCCGCGGGUGUAUUGUGCCUGGGUAAUUGGUGCGAUGACGGAUUCAACCCUCCGACGCGACUUAUUAAACGGGGGUCGGUCGUGUUGUUUUGCUUGAUUGGUAGAUGUGAUUCUCAUCGCCUGGUCAGCAUGCAGCCGUUCCAGUCAACGGCGCGGCCGGAGGGGCCCCGCGAGUCCUCGCCCGAGCGGGCGAAAUCGCCCGACACCCCCACCGCGCCCUCCGCACCUCCCGUUCUCAACUUCUCCAUCGCCAGACUCAUGGAGCCAGAUAGAAAGAAAUCAGUUUCCCCUGAACCUCCACCUGCACCAGGCUUUCUGUCCUACGGAGCACAACUUUUAGACUCUGCUUUCAAACAGUACAUUCCUGCUGCCAGAAGACAAUUAGUAUCACACUACCCAUUGUUAUACUAUGGGCCAGAUUUGGUGUCUCUAACUUAUGCUCAUCAGUUGCAUUUACCAAGGCCGCCUCCUCCUUCGUCUCCAGUUCAAAGACCUCCAAGCCCGAGGCCACCAGCUGCGGAACACGCGGUAUCCUCCACGACUGGUCCUACUCCAUCACCGUCGAAAAACAAGAGUUUCGCUUGUGGUGAUUGUGGUAAAGUAUUUAACGCCCAUUAUAAUCUGACCAGGCAUAUGCCCGUCCAUACUGGAGCGAGGCCUUUCGUUUGCAAAAUAUGCGGCAAAGGAUUUCGGCAAGCGUCAACAUUGUGCAGGCACAAAAUAAUCCAUACGUCCGAGAAGCCCCACAAGUGCUUGACAUGCGGAAAAGCUUUUAAUCGGUCUUCCACCUUGAACACGCAUGCGAGAAUCCACGCUGGAUACAAACCAUUCGUUUGUGAAUUCUGCGGGAAAGGUUUCCACCAGAAAGGCAAUUACAAGAACCACAGAUUGACACAUAGCGGUGAAAAAGCUUAUAAAUGCAACAUAUGCAACAAGGCCUUCCACCAGAUUUACAACUUGACAUUCCAUAUGCACACCCACAAUGAGAGGAAACCAUUUACAUGCAGUAUAUGUGCCAAAGGUUUCUGUAGGAAUUUUGAUCUCAAAAAGCACACGAGAAAGUUGCAUUUGGGUGUGGGAGGGUCGAAUAACGAUUCAUCUCUAGACACCCAGGAUGAGUCCACGCAGGAAGCUGCUACCAGCCCGGUGGAGGAACAGAGCAGGGUUGCGUUCAGACCUUUUCUAGGAGCUUCGUAUCCUAGAAUAAUGGAUCCCGCUAGGAUGACGGCUCCGAACACGUUUUUUUCUAAGCUUUUGUGA